AAGCCGGUGAGAAAAACCUCUCUUUCCGCCGCCCUGCGAGUUUCUGCAGCCUUGCUCCGAGGCCGAGAACAAUCGUGUGGAUCAGGGACACGCCUGUCCCUUCCUUUCCAGAGACUUCAGUAACCUUGAGGCACCAGGAGCCCCUGUUGGAAGAGAUGGUGAUGGGCCAGGGCCCCCUGUUGUUGGUCUUCAUGCUGGGUCUGGGUCUGACCCCGCCAACCCUGGCUCAGGAUGACUCCAGGUACAAACACUUCCUGACCCAGCACUAUGACGCCAAACCAAAGGGCCGGAAUGACAGAUACUGUGAAAGCAUGAUGGAGAGACGAGGCCUGACCACACCCUGCAAAGACACCAACACCUUUAUUCAUGGCAACAAGGGCAGCAUCAAGGCCAUCUGUGGAAAUAAGAAUGGAAACCCUUACGGAGAAGCUUUAAGACUAAGCAAGUCUCCUUUCCAGAUCACCACCUGCAGGCACGUAGGAGGGUCUCCCCGGCCUCCCUGCCGGUACAGAGCUACACCAGGCUUCAGACACAUUGCUGUUGCCUGUGAAAAUGGCCUGCCUGUCCACUUUGAUGAGUCCUUUUUCCGUCCAUAACCAGCAGGCCACAGCUGGCUCUGCUCCCCUUUCCUUGCAUUUCCCUCCACACCCCAGAACAGUGGUGGCAACAUUCAUUGCCGGGGGCCCGGAGAAUGACCUGCCUGGAUCUCUUGCUUUCCUUUUUACAACAUGCUUAAGAAAUAAAAAUGACUCUGAAAUCAGUAAGAA